GAAAGGACACGACAAUGAAGGAAGGAAACGACGGGUUUGUCCGAGCAGAUCAGAUUGAUCUAAAGAGCUUAGAUGAGCAACUAGAGAGGCAUUUAAGCAGAGCUUUGACUUUAGAGAAGAACAAGAAGAGAGAUGAAGAAGAACCCGCCGCCGCCGCCAUCGGAGCCUCCGCCUCCUCCUCUCCCAUCGCUGCUCUCAACGGCGGUUUCGUUGGGCAGAGGAAACAGAGGCUUGAGUGGGAGAUCGAUCCUUCUAAGCUUAUCAUCAAGACUGUUCUUGCACGUGGCACAUUCGGUACCGUUCAUCGUGGUAUCUACGACGGUCAAGAUGUCGCCGUGAAGCUGCUUGAUUGGGGUGAAGAAGGGCAUAGAUCAGAAGCUGAGAUUGUGUCUUUGAGGGCAGAUUUUGCUCAGGAAGUUGCCGUUUGGCAUAAACUGGACCAUCCAAAUGUUACCAAGUUCAUAGGAGCUACAAUGGGUGCAUCAGGGUUACAGCUACAAACAGAGAGUGGUCCUCUAGCAAUGCCGAACAAUAUAUGUUGUGUUGUUGUUGAAUAUCUUCAAGGUGGUGCUUUGAAAUCUUUCUUGAUCAAGAACAGAAGAAGAAAAUUAGCAUUUAAAGUUGUUGUUCAGCUCGCUCUUGACCUCGCUAGGGGGUUGAGUUACCUUCAUUCACAGAAGAUUGUUCACCGUGACGUAAAGACAGAGAACAUGUUGUUAGACAAAACCCGGACUGUCAAAAUCGCUGAUUUUGGAGUUGCUAGAGUUGAAGCAUCUAACCCUAAUGACAUGACAGGAGAGACAGGCACACUUGGCUACAUGGCCCCUGAGGUUCUCAAUGGGAACCCUUAUAAUCGAAAAUGCGAUGUGUAUAGUUUUGGUAUCUGCUUAUGGGAGAUAUAUUGCUGUGACAUGCCAUACCCUGAUCUUACUUUCUCUGAAGUCACUUCAGCCGUCGUCCGCCAGAACCUGAGACCGGAUAUACCGAGGUGUUGCCCGAGCGCGCUUGCAGCUGUGAUGAAGCGAUGCUGGGAUGCAAAUCCAGACAAGAGACCGGAGAUGGACGAGGUUGUGCCGAUGUUGGAGAGUAUUGAUACGACUAAAGGAGGAGGGAUGAUCCCUGCUGACCAGCAACAGGGUUGCCUCUGCUUCCGAAGGAAACGUGGUCCUUAAGUGCUAUCUAAGAUCAUUCAAAACUCAAGAUCUGUGUCCUGUUUGCUUUCUUCUUUUCUUUAAUUAUUAAUCCAGAAAGAGAAAGGCUUGUUAGGGCUUCUUAUGGUGUAUGAUAUGUUUUCCAUAUUCUUCUUAAACUUUUCUUGUUUUUGCUCUAUUUGGUGAGAUUUUCUUACUAUAUAUUAAUGGUACUCGUAUGUUUUACUUGGUC